AUGGGGUCGACGUUUCAUAUGAAACCGGCUCACCAAGCGGAUCUCAAAGGUAAGGGGAUCUUAUACGAGGAUGAUGAUGAGCCGGUGAAGCUGAUUGAUCAGGAUGAUUCGUUCGUCAUUAAGGAGUUCGGUUUGACCUUGAUCGGGAAGAUUCUAAACCCGAAGAAACAAAACGUGGAGAAGCUACUCCAGACGAUGCCUUCUCAAUGGGGCUUGGCUGAGAGAAUCACGGCCAAUGAUCUAGGGAAUGGAAAGUUCCUUUUCAAUUUCACAAAUGAGGAGGAUUUGAAUUACGUUAUGGCGAAGGGGCCCUUUCAUUUCAACUUCUGUAUGUUCGUAUUGGUUCGUUGGGAACCCAUUGUGCAUGAUGAUUACCCGUGGAUCAUACCAUUUUGGGUACACUUGAUCGGCUUUCCUCUCCAUCUGUGGACUGACGCAAACCUAAGAAACAUAGAAGGUCGAAUCGGGCACAUUGACACUAUGGAGCUCACGGAGGGACGUAUGCUUAUAUAUGUUGACUCAACACGUCCUCUGAAGUUCUCUCGGAAGGUAGAAUACGAAGGUGAUGAGGUUACGAUCGAGAUAAAGUAUGAUCUGCUCUUCAAGCAUUGUACUACAUGUGGAAUGUUGUCUCAUGAGAAAGGAUACUGCCCCUCCAUCGGUGCUAGACAGCCCACUCUGGAACGAGCUGAUGUGUUCACACGUAUGCAGUUACCGGUGCGACACAACGGCCGUGACAAUCAGAAUAAUGAUUGCAGACAUCACCAGCCUUUGCUGGAGAUAAGAGAGCCCCACUCACGCACCUAUGCUGAGUAUAUGCCACGGCGUGAUUUGCGUAUCAAUCUCCGAGAGGGGAACGAUCGUCAGUCUCGAUCAUGGGAUGAUAAUCGCCGCUUGGGGUCACAGGCAGAUCGCCGCAUGCGAACACAUGCUGAUAGAAUCAUCAGACGCAAAGACGACUAUAAGCGGAGUGACAGAUAUGGUGGAGGACGCGCUCGUGCAGGUCCAUAUGAUCGCAGAAAGGAGGUUUCAUGGAGGCCAAAACAGAGGCUCCCCGAGGUAAAUGGCAACGAGCAGAUGGGUGAUGGUUCAAAUGUUUCGAAGAAUGCGAUUGUUCCCUAUGAACACAUCUCUGGGGCAGGGUCCCUUGACUCGCUAACUCAUUCUAAGGAUGCAGAUGCUGGUACCUCUAGGAAGCUUGCAAGCGCCAUUGUCACUCCAUCGCGACUGGAUCGUGUAAUGGAGGAUAACGUGACGGUACGGAGCAGGUCUGUGGGAAGCGGGGAUGGAAAGGCUGAUAGCUCUUUCUUGCCUUUCAAGCAGAUGUUGAGUGAUUUUGGAAUGUUAGAAUUUCCAUUUACUGGGAACAAGCUGUCCUGGGUUGGAAAAAGAUCGGGAGGAACAACUGUUAGAUGCAGACUUGACAGAGCAGUGGGUAAUGAGGAUUGGCACGAUAAAUUCCAACAUUCAGCUGUCAAGUAUCUGAGGCUCUGGGGCUCGGAUCAUCGUCUGAUCCUCGCAGAUAUACUCACAAAACCAACAAGGAGAAAAAAGAAAUUUAAGUUUGAUAAGCAUUGGUUGGAUAACGAGGAGCUAAGGCAAGUUAUUCUAGAGGGAUGGAAGUCGAAUGAUCUCCCUCCUGAUGCGAAUAUAAUGGAACAUAUUGCUAGCUGCCAGAAAGCUUUGAGUCAUUGGAGGAGGCAAAAUAAUGUGAACUCUGAAAAGUUAGUAGAAGAGCUUAAGGAGAAGGUAGAAGGUCUUUACGAGGACGAUAAUGCUACUUCUGAGGAGAUAUCAGAGGCUCUAAAGGAAUUAUCCACUGCUCUUAAGGCAGAGGAACAAGUGAACAUGGCUAGGAACUCUCUUCCUUCGAGCUCUGAUCCCAGGAAUCCUUUUGGUGGAGAUCGCGGCAUCACUCCGGUUACCGACAUCAAACCGCGUUCCAUCAACCGUGAAGAGGCUGCAGCAUACUGGCUUGAUACAUGUGGGCUGGAGAUCCCUCCCCCUGAACCAUGGAAUCCUGUCAGGCCUCGCGUUGGAUGGGUUGUUGGCGAGCCAAGUAGGAGUACCUAUCCGUUUCUUAACACGGUAAUCAAGGGGUCUACUGCUGAUUACCCUCGUUGGAGAGAGUGCUUCUGUUUCGUUCGUCUGGACAGGGCGUCCGUUUCAGAGGAAUGCUUGCCUCUCUUCAAGUGUUCAUGGGGAAGAAUGGGUAAGGUCGUUGAUUACUCCCGUGAUCCUUUCUUUGUUGGUUCCAAAGAUUUUGCGUUUUAUUUGCAGUUCGCGAUCUCAUUCCCCCUUUUCCAGAGGACCUAUUUUCCGUCAGGGCCAUCCUUCGUGGCGGUCCAUUUUUCUGGGGCUACUUCACCCCGUAGAGAGUUUGCGCGGCAGUGA